AUGAUACCGCCUAAUUUAUUGUUGGAACAUGCUGUGUCACUCUCCCGAGUGGUUCCAAACCCAGGAGAAUUUAUUAUUGUAUUCCCAAAGUCUUUUUCUUCUUCUAUCUGCACUGGAUACACCGUUUCAGAGAGUGUAUACUUCGCGACAAACUCUUGGAUGCACAGCAUCAACCAAGUGUUUCAAGUGAAGGGUGUGUUCCGCAUGAACGGGUCGUUGUGUCUCCCCCAUGUCGUACAUAUAUUGGAAGACAAGGAUAAAGAAGAUAGAGAAACG